GAAUAUCAGUUCGUUAUUAUCUACUAUUCCGAGCCCGUGACACUUUCCAAAUCGCCUGUCUGCUAUAAUAUCUAAACAUCCCCAUCUUCUAAAAUAUGACCCCUACCUUUCACAUGAACAACUUCAAGCCGUGGGCUCACCCUCUGGAAAGCCAUUUUCACCAUGCAAAUCACCCAAUCCAUGUACCCCAAGAACCCGAAAAAUUCCCUCGCCCCAAACCUCAUCAUGAUUCCCUUCCAAGCACUUUGCCACUUCCCUCGGUAGCUGCACAUGUAGUGCGACUGUAUAAAUGUUGUUGAUGGAUGCAAUUCAGACAAAGAGGGGAAGGGGUGGAGAUGAGAUUUCGAGCACGAUUUUAUUCAAUAACGGUGAGGAAAUAGAUCAGGCAAAGCACUAAAGUCUUCAGGUAAAUAGCAGCCAAAGAGGGCCGGGGGAGC